AUGAAGCAACAGUACUCGAUCUCCUCAUUUUCAAUUUUCCUUCUUUUCCUCCAUUAUACCAAUACCUUUGCUCAGUCACCAGCAGCAGCCCCAGCACAGGCACCGGCAGUGGUCGUAGCACCACCUCCAGCUGCAACCCCAACACAGGCAGCUGCACCACACGGCAUCACCAACGUCACCAAAAUUCUCGAGAAGGCUGGCCACUUCACGACCUUUAUCCGCCUUUUGAGAUCCACCCAAGAGGACAGCCACUUAUUCUCUGCCCUUAAUGAUUCAAGCUCUGGUCUAACCAUCUUUGCACCAACGGAUAGCGCAUUUUCGGAACUCAAAUCGGGAACUCUCAAUAGUCUGGGUGAUGGGGAGAAGUCUGAGUUAGUGAAGUUCCAUGUAGUUCCCACAUUCUUAUCCACUUCUCAGUUCCAGACAGUAAGUAACCCUCUAGGAACAUGGGCUGGAACAGGUAAUAGAUUACCACUUAAUGUCACAAGUUAUCCAAACUCGGUGAACAUAACCACAGGACUUACCAAUACAAGUUUAUCUGGCACGGUUUACACUGACAACCAGCUAGCCAUUUAUAAGAUUGAGAAGGUGCUACUUCCUAAGGAUAUUUUUUCUUCAAAUGCUCCAGCUCCAGCACCUGAAGCACCUGCACCAGAAAAGCCUACGAAGGCGGUUCCUGCAGCUACUGUUGAUAGUCCUGUGGUUCCUGCUGAUAUAUCUAGUGCAGUUCUGUUUAUGCAUAGUAAUGUGGUUGGAUCAGUUGGUAUAGCUGCUGCUGCAAUAUUUGCUUUGUAA